AUAACCUUUAUUUCAAAUUAUUCAAUAUCAAACCAUCACUGCCAUUCUCUUCGUUGCAAACCAUCAUACCACAUUUACAACAAUGGUCAUACAUCUGCGCCUUUAACUUACAAUCAUCAACACCCGUGCCUGUACAAAACUAGACUCCAUACUUCAGAUGGUAUUGGAGUGGCUUCGAAUUUGCUCUAUCAACAUGAUCUCAAUACUCAGGUGUCCAUGAAAAGGCGUUCGAUCAGUCUGGCUCGCCAGCAGGAAAGGGAACAGUGCAAUCAGCAUUUUAUGACCUUCGAUACAUUCUGGGGCCGGCCGGGGCAUGGGGCCCAAGACAUAAAGACUAGAAAAUUAAAGUUGAACAAUUUGCUCUAUGGCACACCAGAAUGCACCUCUGAAUAGGAGAGAGAGAAAUUUCUCUCUCACAACAAAAUCACAUCUAAAUCACUACACUUAAGACAUGACAUUGUAGUAGUAAAAUAAAACACAUGACAUAAGAAAAUGUAAAUCAGACAAAAUAAUAAAGCUUGCCCUUAAGUCAAUAACCUUUACAUUGCCAUCAUCCCCCAUUAAGGCUAACCUUAUGGUGUUCAAAUGAAAAAAACAGACAUGGAAUCCUAUCCAGUCCUUAGUUGUUUCUAAAUGUUUAAGCCUCAGUCAUUUGGAAAAACUUUUAUCAACUUUCCUCGCCGAAAGAUGGUAAAAAGUUUUAUUCACCUGCAACAUGUCAGACCACAACAAACAGAAAAACCGGAAGCUUUAGUUUAUAUCUAAUAAACUUUAAGAGAGCGUAAAGUAAUACGAGCAUAUAAGUAGCUAAGCGAAAACAAAAAAAAAACUCUAAGAAAAUAUUGUUAUCUAUGUUAAUUAUGGCUUAUUAUUUUACGAUGUUUCUUUCUUCCUUUAACCACUAUUAUUCUUGCCAUCAGUUUAAGAAUGUAUCCCCGAAAGAAAA